AUGACUUAUACUGAGCAACUUGACACGUUUGUGUCUAGACUUAAUGAUGAUAAUGCAGAUUAUAAGACUGCUCAUUCUGUUUUAUCAGAAUUAUUAGAUAUGAUUGAAACUUUUAAUGGAGCAACUGAAUACGAGUAUUUCUUAAGUAAUUUGGUUCCAGUUUUCAUCAAAAAGUUGAAUGAAGUUCCAAUUGCUUUCACUAGUCAAUCUCCGGAACAUAAAUUAAGAAAUUCCGUAUUAGAAAUUAUUCAUCGUUCUAUUAUGAAUGAAACUUUCCAACCUUUUUCAGAGCAAAUAUUGGAUGUACUUGUUAAGAUAAUCGUUGAUGAAAAUGAAGAUAAUGGUGCUCUUUGUAUGAAAAUCAUAACGAGUUUACACAAAGCAUAUAAGGCCAAUUUAAGUGAAAAAGUUCAACCAUUUGUUGAUGUUAUCAAUAAAAUAUAUGACAAUAUGCCUCAGACUGUCAAUGAAGUUUUCUCUAAUGAUAAAAAUCACAAAGAUAAUAAUGAUAAUGAAAAAAAUGAUAAUGACUCGACUAAUAACCAAGAAUUGGCUUCUAAAGAAAUGUCUCCUCCAUCAUUCACCGAGGAAAACUCAUCCAAAACUUUGAAUAAAGCAAUGUUUUCAUUCAAAACAUUGGCCGAAUGUCCAAUUACUAUGGUUUCAUUAUAUUCAUCAUACAGAAGUUUAGUUCAAACUUCUCUACCUGUUUUCUUACCAAAAAUUAUUAAUAUCUUAACUUUACAAGUGGAACAACAAAAAAAUUUUAGGGAAGAAGCAUCAAAAACUCCAAUAACAUCCAUUUCUCCAGAAAUUAAAAAUAGACAAGCAUAUAGUGAUUUCAUUUUAGGUCAAGUAAAAGCUGCAUCUUUCUUAGCAUACGUUUUCAUUAGAGGUUACGCUACUCAACAUCUUAGUCAAGAUCAAGCUAAAGUUGUGCCUGAUGUAAUACUUCGAUUAUUACAAGAUUGUCCUGCUGAAUUGUCUGUUGCUCGUAAAGAAUUAUUACAUGCAACAAGACACAUAUUAUCCACUUCUUUUAGAACUCAAUUCAUUCCUAAAAUUGAAUUACUUUUCGAUGAGAAAAUUUUAAUCGGUGAUGGGCUCACAUCUUUUGAAACUUUGAGGCCUUUGGCAUAUUCGACAGUGGCAGAUUUCAUACACAAUGUUAGAAAUGAACUCACGCCUAAGCAAAUAUGGUCCACUGUAAGAAUAUAUUGUGACCUUUUGAAAGAUGACUCUUUGGCCUUAACUGUACAAAUAAUGAGUGCUAAAUUGUUACUUAAUUUAGUGGAACGUAUUAUGAAAUUACCAAACAAAUUAGAAGGUAGACAAUUAUUUAUGAUCAUUGUUGAUUCCUAUGCUAAAAGAUUUCACAGCUUGAACAGAAAAUAUGACUAUAUUUUAAAAAAGCAUAAAGAAUUCGAAAAGAAAAGAGCUGCUAAGGAAUCUGAAUCAAAGAAAGCUGUCGAUAGAUACUCUUCGAAAAAAAUUCAAGAGUUUAAACUAGAUUCUGAAGAUAUCGACAUGUCAAUCGAAGGACCAAAACCUGAUGAAACUGCUAUUAGUGACGAAAGUGACGAUUCCAAAUUUGAUGAUAUCCCCAUUGAUUUAUUCAACGUCGAAGAAUACUCACCUGUAUCCUCUUCACCUACAACCGUGACCUCAGACUUAUUGAAAGAUGCUCGUUAUUUAUUCCGUACUUUAAUGACUUUUUUAAAAUCUGUCAUUUUUGGAUUGAAAAGUUGUAACCCACCAGUCCCACCACAACCAACUCAAUCUGAUCCUAAGAACCCUGGCCAAUAUGUCAAUUAUGACAAGUGGAAUGAUUCUGCAAAAAUAAUAUCUUAUGAAGAAGUUAAUAUUUUACGUAAUUUAUUUAGAGGUGGUAUAAGCUGUUUGAGAUUUUUCUCAGUUUCUAAACCAAAGGUAAAUGUUCCAAAGGCUAAAGCUUUUGAUUUCUCGACUGGUGGGCCUAAUUUACCUAUUACAUCUUCAAAAGAAGAAAAGGAUUUGAUGGAAAUUUUCGCUACAAUUUUUAUUCAUGUGGAUCCGGCAUCCUUCAAUGAAAUUGUGACUUUUGAAUUGCCAUUCAUGUUUGAUUCCAUGCUUGAAAAUGCAGCAUUACUUCACUUGCCUCAAUUCUUUUUGGCCAGUGAAAUCACAUCUGCAAACUUCUCUGGUAUCUUGAUCUCCUUCUUGAAAUCAAAAUUAGACCAGUUAGGAAAGGUUGAACUUGUGAAAUCAAAUAUUUUAAUAAGAUUGUUCAAAUUAUGCUUCAUGUCAGUAAAUUUAUUUCCCACUGCAAAUGAAAGUGUUAUUUUACCUCAUUUGAACUAUUUAAUUUUAGAAUCAUUGAAAUUAGCAACUAAGGCAGAAGAACCAAUUGUUUAUUCUUAUUUGGUAAGAAUUUUAUUUAGAAGUAUAAGCGGUGGUAGAUUUGAAAACCUUUAUAAAGAAAUCAUGCCAAUUUUGCCAGUACUCUUGGAAGGUCUUAACAAGAUGAUUGCAAACUCUCGUCGUCCAUACGAGCGUGAUAUUUAUGUCGAAUUAUGUUUGACUGUUCCUGUCCGUCUUUCAGUUUUGGUUCCCCACUUAAACUAUUUAACUCGUCCAUUAGUUUUUGCAUUGAAUGGUUCUCAGGAACUAGUCAGCCAAGGUUUACGUACUUUUGAAUUAUGUGUUGACAAUUUAACUGCUGAAUAUUUCGAUCCAAUGAUCGAGCCGGUAAUCGACGAAAUAAUGGCUGCAUUAUGGAAACAUCUCGAGCCUGUUCCUUAUCAUCAUCAACACUCCCAUACUGCUAUUAGAAUUUUGGGUAAGCUUGGUGGAAGAAAUCAUAAACAUUUUAAACCUUGUAACAAUUUGGUUACCCAAUCUGAAUUAGAUCAAGAAAUCAAGGCUCUCUUCUCCAUCCAUGGGUUGAAUGGAGAAGUCCCAGUUUCGAUUACUCCUGGCGUCCAAUCUGCUAUAAAACUUCUUGAAGAUCCUAGAUUGAAAGUCCACUAUAGAAUCAGCGCUUUCAAAUAUUUAUCUGGUAUCUUGAAACUAUUCAUUGAUACGACUCCAAUUCCGGCUGAUUAUGGUGCUUAUGUUCAAGACUGUGUGGAAAAGUUGAAAUCAGAAAAAAUAGAUGAGAAUAUGGAACUUGAGGAAUCUGAUAUCAAGGAUGUUGCUAAAUUAGACCGCCAGCAAAAGUUUUUUUGCCGCUUGUUGGAAAUGCUCUUCUUCUCUAUUUCGAUUCCAGAAAUUAAGGAUGAAGCGCGUGAGCUCAUUGAUGGUAUUACAACUCACUUCACUUUGCUUUAUUUAGGUACUUCAAUCAUUAGUAAGGUGAAAAAAGAAAGAGCUUUUUUUGUGAAUGACAACGAAGGAAAAGCUUAUAUCAACGAGACAGCCUACUUGAAUGCUUUGAAUUAUGCUUUAAGCUUUUGGGAUAAGGACGUAAGAAAUAUGGGUAUUGAAUCCAUCAAGAAGGUCUACUCAGCUACUGUUCGUAUUUUUGGGUCUGAAGAGGAUGCCCUUUACUCUCCGUUGUUCCGCUCUAUGUUCUAUAAGUUUACCCAUUGCUGCUAUAACGAUUUUUACCAUACUAAAUUGGGAGGUAUUUUGGGUCUCAAAACAAUGUUCGAAGAUCUAGGAAUACCUUCGAGUUGGUUUUUCAAACGUCAAUUUGAAUUAGUUAGGUCAGUUUUCUUCAUUUUAAGAGAUACUCCUGAAACUGCUCCAUUCGAAGUUCGUGAUUUAGCUAGAAGUCUCGUUUUAAAGGUUUUGCAUGACUGUAAUGUUGGUGUUUCAAAAGAAACAAUUCUCGAAAAACCAUUCCAAACUUUGGUCGGUGCUUUAGUGUACGACUUAGCAAGUGCUAAUCCCCUCGUCAGAGAAGUUUCCCAGUCGUCCUUAAAAGUAUUAUCUGAAACAAUUUCUGUUCCUAUUGCUACAAUAAUGGGUCCAUGCAAACAACUUCUUUUAACUCCUAUAUUUGGCAAACCAUUGAGGGCCUUGCCAUUUCCAAUGCAAAUCGGUAAUAUAGAUGCUAUAACUUUUUGUUUAAAUCUCGAUGAGACUUUCUUGACAUUCAAUGAUGAAUUGAAUAGAUUAUUAUUAGAGGCAUUGGCGUUAGUUGACGCAGAAGACGAAUCCUUAGCUAAUGUUCACCGUCUUUACGAGUACAGAACAUCCAAACAGCUCAUAGAGCUCAGAGAUGUUUGUAUCAAAUUACUUUCCUUGGCCCUAGCUAAACCUGAUUUCUCCUUAGGCUCUUUGGCUGAGGCAAGAAUUCGUAUUUUGGGUGUGUUUUUCAAAGCUCUUUGUAAUAAAUCUACCGAAAUCAUAAAUGCUGCUCAUUUGGGAUUAAAAUCAAGUCUACAGGAAAACUCCAAGUUGCCAAAAGAAUUAUUGCAAAACGGUCUCCGUCCGAUGUUGAUGAACUUGUCGGACCACAAAAAAUUAACUGUGCCUGGACUUGAAGCUCUUGCAAGAUUAUUAGAGUUAUUGAUUUCCUAUUUCAGGGUGGAGAUUGGUCGUAAGUUAUUAGAUCAUUUGAUGGCUUGGGCUCAAAUCAAUACUUUAAGACAAAUCACCGGACAAGAUUUGGAGAAUAAUCAUACAGUACAGAUCGUAAUGGCUAUAUUGAACAUAUUCCACCUUCUUCCUGCAAAGGCUUAUACCUUCAUGGAAGAGAUCAUUGGAACCUUGCAGUACUUAGAAGGACAUUUAGAUCGUCAUCAAAGCUCACCCUUUAGAUUGCCUGUUUCAAAAUUUUUGAAUAGAUUUGCCGAAAAUUCAUUAGAAUACUAUAUGAAAAACUACAAGAACCGUAAAUUAGGUAAUAUGUUGGCAUAUUUCGCCGGAAUGAAAGAUUGCGACAAAAUCAGAGCAGUUUCCAAAGAAAAAUUUCCAGAAAUUUUAGAAGACCUCAAGAAUGAACAACAGCAUGACAUCAAGGUCAUCAAAUUCGCUAAUACUGUUGACCUCCUUGAAGCAAUAACUAGGAAUGAUGCCGAAUGGUUUGAUGAACAAAAAGAUACAUUGCUGAUUCUUUCUGCUUCAAUCAAAGAUAUCAUUGAAGUAAAAAACCAAUCUCCAUUGGUAUCAAGUAGUCAUUUCCAAGCAGAUCAAGCUAUUUCUAAACUUCAAGAUGUUAUUGCUAACUUUAUGGAGCGAGUUCCAAAGGAAGCUGGUCUUUUAUUUACCAUUAUUAAUGGUCUUUUGUCGUUGAAAGUCAAAAUAAAUCCAGUUAUUGAAGAUUACCUUUUUAAUAAUGUUGUCAAGUCAAAGGAUGUUGAACACCGUGGAAUCUAUCUCGAAAAGUGUAUUGAUUUUAUCACAGAAGCUGACUCCAAUUUGAAGGCUAAGAUCUUUUUACUCAAGAGAGUUUUCAAUGCUGUUCUUAUUUAUGAAGCUCAACGUGAAGGCGAUCUACAAGCCUUAUUCACCAACGAUAGUACACCUGAAUGGAUGAAUAAGGUGUGUAACGAGGUUUGGAUGUCCACAAACGAUAUAAUUACGGACUACACUUCAGGAAACAUGGACAGCUAUAGAUAUGAGUUAUUGGAACUAACUGCAGUUCUCCUUAAAUGGGCCCCUGAACUUAUUAAGGAUUUCCGUAAGCACAUUGUCAAAUUUAGUUGGAAUUACAUCAAGCUUGAAGAUAAUAUAACAAAACAAGUCGCUUAUGUAACCACUUCUUACUUCAUUUCUGCUUACGAAACGCCUGCAGAAUUAGCUACCCAAGUAUUUGUCGCUUUAUUGCGUACUCACCAAACCGAUUCCAGACACCUAGUGAGAAGAGCUUUGGAUAUCUUGGCCCCUGUUAUGCCUGGUAGAAUGGAUGAUAAGCAUUCGCCUCUAACCUGGUUGAAAUGGCCACGCCGUGUUAUUUCGGAAGAUGGGUUCAAUGUUACUCAAGUUUUGAAUGUUUAUCAGUUCAUUGUUCAGCACCCCGAUCUCUUCUUUAUUGCACGUGAACAUUUCGUUUCCAAUAUCAUAACAGCAAUGGGUAAAUUAACAAUCUUAGCUAAUCCUGCCAUUGAAAACCAGGUCCUUGCUAUUGAUUUAGCAGAAUUAAUUUUGAAAUGGGAAAAGAAAGCAAUGGAGACAAACGAACAAUCGGAAAAAGACGAAGAUGCAAACAUGGAAGAUGCUUCAGAAGCAGACGAAAGCGCCAUUUCCAAAGCAGAUGACUUCAGCACGUCCGCUAACUACAGCAUCCCCUUUGGACAGCGUGAGGCUUGUGUUACUUUCUUAAUCAGAUAUGUUUGUAUAAGUCCUCAAAGAGCUUCAGAAAGUGAGCUCGGUCAAAAAGCGUUGGGUAUAUUAUAUGAAUUGUUGAGCCCAGACCAUUGGUCAGAAGUCUCAGUUAAGUUAACUUUUUUUGAAAAGUUUUUGUUAUCCAAUGACUUAAACUCGUCCAAUUUGUUAGGUUACUGCUUGAAUGCGUUAGAGGUUUUGGGAGUUGUUUUAGAAUGGAAGAAACCGGAGUGGAUAAUUUCCACUCUUCCAUACCUUCAUAAGCUUCUUGAGAAAUCAGUCAAGUCUGAUAAUCACGAUAUUCAAGAAGUGUUACAACGUGUUUUGAGAAUUAUUUUGCAGGCUAUCAACUCCCAAAGCUCUGCCGAAUCAGAAGAAGAAGAGGAUGAAGAGAUUAAAAGUUUUAUUUCCUUGUUAACAACUACUGUUUCAGAAGAUUUGGGGGAAACCCCGUCAGUUGCUGCUGGUGUUACUUUAUCCUGGACUUUAGCCAACUAUAGACCAUCCACUUUGGAUGCGUUACUUCCUUUGAUAAUGAGAACCUUUAGCAAACUUUGUAAAGACAACAUUACAAUCACUCAUCAAGGAUCUCAGUCAUCACCCAAAGAUAACUCCAAUUCAGAAUAUGAAGCUAAAAUGACAACGAGACUUUUGGAAAAAAUUCUUAAUUUAUCUUCAAUGAGAAUUUCGAACCUUGGUGAUCAAAGACGUAUUUUUUUAUCUUUAUUGGCUCAGUUAAUUGAACGUUCUUUGGAUAAAGAGACCCUUGAAAAAAUUAUUAAAAUUGUUAAAAGCUGGGUGUUUUCUAGAACUGACUUAUUUCCAACAACGAAAGAGAAAGCAGCUAUAUUAUCCAAAAUGAUGGUUUUCGAAAUUAGAGGUGAACCUACCUUGUCUAAAGAGUUUUAUCAAAUUAUUGUGGAUAUUUUUGAGGAUGAUACAUUUAGUUGUACUGAAUUAACCGUUCGUAUGGAACAGCCAUUUUUAGUUGGUACUCGAUCUGCUGAUGUUUCAAUCCGUCGUAAGUUGAUGUCUAUCUUAAACAAUAGUUUGGAGAAUGAUAUUAGCAAACGUCUCUACUAUGUUAUUAGAGAACAAAACUGGGAAUUUUUGGCGGAUUACCCUUGGCUCAAUCAAGCAUUACAGUUAUUGUAUGGCUCAUUUGACUUCAAUAAAAAGAUUGAGUUUGUUAAAGAAGAAAAUAAAUUACCUGCUUUAACAGCUUUCCCUUAUGUCUCUCGAGACAUAGAUAUAGAUCAUAAAAAUGACAGUUUAGCUGAACUUAUUGACACCCAUAACGUAUUCUUGAGGAAAGUAUCAGAAGUUAAGGCCGGAACUAUUUUAGACCCACUCAUCGACAUGUUCUAUCAAAGUAGUGAAACUAUACAUAGAUCUUGGGCCACGAUUUUCCCAAUUGCAUUUUCAUCUAUUCCUCGUUCGGAGCAUCUUGAUUUCACAAGAUUUAUGGUCAUUUUAUUAUCAAAGGACUACCACACACGUCAAAUAGACAAUAGACCCAAUGUGAUACAAUCCCUAUUAGAAGGUAUCGCUAGAUGUAAUGAACUUCAAUUGCCACCAUUUGCUGUUGAAUGUCUUGCGUCAAAUUUCAACGCUUGGUCUCAAGGUAUUCAUAUCCUCGAGAACAUUGAACGUCAAUCGAUCAACGGAAAUGCCGAAGUUCGUGAAGUUACUCAAGAUGCACUUGCUAAGUUAUAUGCCUCUUUGAAAGAAGAUGAUAUGUUUUAUGGUCUCUGGAGAAGAAGAGCGAAAUACUCAGAGACCAUCACUGCUUUGUCUUACGAGCAGAUUGGGGUUUGGGAUAAAGCUCAACAGUUGUAUGAGACUGCCCAAAUCAAGGCAAGAAGUGGUGCAUUACCUUAUGGCCAAUCUGAGUAUGCUCUUUGGGAAGAUCACUGGAUAUUAUGUGCUGAAAAAUUACAGCAAUGGGAUAUUCUUACAGAAUUAGCUAAGCAUGAAGGAUUUUCUGAUCUUCUUUUAGAGUGUGGAUGGAGAGUAGCAGACUGGAACACUGAUAGAGAAACUUUAGAUCAAACUGUAAAAAGUGUUAUGGAUGUUCCAACACCUCGUCGUCAAAUAUUUGAAACAUUCCUUUGCUUACAAGGGUUCGGUCAAGAGAAAGAAACCUUACAGGAUCUUUCAAGAUUGUGUGACUCAGGAAUUCAAUUAGCUUUAAGAAAAUGGCAUGGUCUUUCUCAAAGGUUCAGUAAUGCUCACAUACCAUUGUUACAUACCUUUCAACAAUAUGUUGAGUUCAUGGAGGCAAGUCAAGUUUACGCUAGUCUAGUCACCACGAAUGCUCAAAACUUGGAUGUGAAGUCACAAGAACUCAAACGUGUUUUACAAGUUUGGAGAGAAAGAUUGCCCAAUACCUGGGAUGACAUAAACAUUUGGAAUGAUCUUGUCACCUGGCGUCAACAUGCCUUCCAAGUAAUCAAUAAAGUUUAUAUGCCAUUUAUUCCAAUCUUGCAACAAUCGAAUGCUGGUGGCAAUGCUAAUUCUUAUGCGUAUCGUGGAUUUCAUGAAAUCGCUUGGGUGAUAAACAGAUUCGCUCAUGUUGCAAGAAAGCAUGGUAUGUCUGAAGUUUGUAUCAAUCAACUCACUAAGAUUUAUCAAUUACCAAAUAUUGAAAUACAGGAAGCUUUCUUGAAAUUGAAAGAACAAGUCAAAUGCCACUACCAGAAUCCUAAUGAAUUACACACUGGUCUUGACGUUAUCAGCAACACUAAUUUAGUCUAUUUUGCCACUCAACAAAAAGCUGAAUUUUUUACGUUGAAAGGUAUGUUCUUGAACAAAUUGAAUCAAAAAGACGAAGCAAAUAAAGCUUUUGCUACUUCUGUUCAAAUAGAUCUUAAUUUACCUAAAGCUUGGGCUGAAUGGGGUAUGUUUAAUGACCGCCGCUUCAAAGAAAAUCCAAAUGAUAUGGUUUAUGCCAAUAAUGCUAUCAGCUGUUAUUUGCAAGCAGCAGGUCUUUAUAAGAACGGAAAAACUAGGAAGUUGCUUGCCAGAAUCCUUUGGCUCAUAAGUUUAGAUGAUGCUUCUGGUACUUUGGCUCAAGCUUUUGAUAAUUUCCGUGGAGAAGUGCCAGUAUGGUACUGGAUAACUUUUAUACCUCAAUUACUUACAUCUUUGUCUCAUAAAGAAGCACGUUUGGUGAGACAAGUUUUGAUCAGAAUUGCAAAGAGUUAUCCACAGGCUUUACACUUUCAACUCAGAACAACCAAGGAAGAUUUUGCUGCUAAACAACGCCAGUUCAUGGAAAUUUCGCGUCAAAAUUCUAAUCGUAUGGCGAACCAAGGACCUGGUUCUAGCGCUUCAGCUACUAGCAAUGGUGAUGAAAAGGCUCCUACAAGUAAAGAUGGCGAAGCCCCUAAACUGGAUGCUGCAGAAUCUCCAUCUACUAAUGGUAAACCAGAAGUAGAAGAGAAUGCAAAUGAUGGGGAACAAAAAGAAAAAACGGAACUGAAUGAAAGUGAUAGCACUGAGGCGAAAAAGACCGAAGAAACUACUGAAAAGUCAGAUGAUAAACAAGAAGAUAAACCUGAAGUCAAGUCAGAAAAAGAUAUAUCGGACGCUAAAUCUGAAAAUGAAGUUCACAGUGGAACUCCCAAACCACAAUCUUCAGGAAAUACUCCACAACCCGGCAAGCCUAGUAUUCUCAAUAGUGCUGCAUUUAAUGCAGUCCGUCAAUCCUGGGAGCAUGUUGAGGAAAUUAUGGGUAUUUUGAAAACUGCUUACCCCUUAUUAGCUCUUUCAUUGGAGUCUUUGGUGGAUCAAAUCAACCAAAGGUUUAAGUGUACUGCUGACGAAGAUGCUUAUAGAUUAGGAGUUGCUUUGCUCAAUGAUGGUGUUCAAUACCUCAAUCGCCUUGGAAACCCUAGAGAUGAUGCAAAAUUACCUCCAGUUACCGAAGCUAAUAUUACAAGAUUUGCAGAGACCGUUUUACCUAAGCAAAUCCGAGCAGAAUUUGAAAAGGAUCUUGUCAUUGGAAAGCCUAACUUGGAAACAUAUAUUAUUAAAUUACGUAAAUGGCGUGACCGUUUGGAAGACAAGUUAGAUAGAAGAUUUUCCGAAGUUAAUCUUGAGAACUUAUGCCCUCAUUUGAGUGAAUUCCAUCAUCAAAAGUUCGAGGAUAUCGAAGUUCCAGGUCAAUAUCUUUUGAAUAAGGACAACAAUUCUCACUUCGUUAAAAUUGAAAGAUUCCUUCCAACUAUUGAUUUAGCUCGUGGUACCAACGCUUGUUAUAAGAGAUUGAAAAUUCGUGGCAAUGAUGGUAGCUUACAUGCUUUCGCCGUGCAAUUUCCAGCGGCCCGUCACUGUCGUCGUGAGGAAUGUUUAUUCCAGCUUUUCCGUAUAUUUGGAGAUAGUUUGUCGAAGAAAGUUGAAACUCGUCGUCGUAAUAUUCAAUUUACUUUACCAAUCGCUGUUCCAUUAUCUCCUCAUAUUCGUAUAAUUAAUGACGAUUCCAGAGAUAUCAGCAUGCAAAAGAUUUAUGAAGAUUUCUGUCGCCGUAAUGGUAAAAACCGUGAUGAGCCAUUCAUCUACACUAUCGAAAAAUUGCGUGCUGCAUUUGAUCCAAGAUUGCCUAAGCCCGAUAUUAUGAGUAUUAGGGUUGAAAUUUUGAGUGCAAUUCAAUCGUUAUUAGUUCCAUCGACUGUUAUGAAAAACUUUUUCAUGGAGCUUUAUCCACAAUUUGAAGACUUUUGGUUAUUCUCAAAACAAUUCACUUCACAAUAUGCCUCGUUCAUUUUCACUACCUACAUGAUGUGUGUAAAUACAAGACAACCCCAAAAAAUUCAUAUUAAUAGGGGUUCAGGAAGUGUUUGGACUUCUGACAUGUUACCUUGUAAAAUUGGAAAUAAAAAUGCUUCUCUUGAUGGUUCACAAGGUGGUAGACCAGCUCCAUUAUUUUAUAAUGCCGAAAUGGUUCCAUUCCGUUUAACUCCUAACGUCCAAAAAUUAAUUGGUGAAACUUCUUUGGAAGGUAUAUUGUCGGUUUAUAUUUUGGUAAUAGCAAGAGCUUUGAUUGAACCUGAAUCAGACUUGGAGCAAUAUUUGACUUUGUUUGUUAGAGACGAGGUGAUUUCUUGGUGUACUCAACAAGAUCCUCCACGUCCUAUUCCUCAAAAUAACCAAUUAAGAGAAAUUGUUCGUAUAAAUGUUGAUCUUAUCAUUAAAAGGGUUCUGUCUAUGGAUCAUUCUUCUUCUGGUACAUCCGUUAACACUCAAAAUGUUUUAGAGUUGAUUUCUCAAGCUGUCAAUCCACGUAAUUUGGCUGCUGCCGAUACUUUAUGGAUGGCAUACUUUUAAGCGACUGCUUAAAAC